GUGUAUAUAUGUGUAAUAUUAAAAAUCAAUCAUGCGAAAAAUGAUUUAGAAAAACAUCUGUGUGGGGUCAGGAAUAAGAGCAUACAUGGGUAUAUAAAGCCCAGGAAUCAUUCACUGUAUAUAGUCGUGUUAAAGGAACCGUCACGUUUGUACAAUGCCUAAAUACGUGUAUACAUACUUUGACGCCAGGGGUCGGGCGGAGCCCGCUAGGAUGCUGUUCGCCGUGGCCGGGGUCCCGUUUGAAGACCGUCGUAUCAAACAAGAAGACUGGCCUGCUUUUAAACCAAAAACUCCACUGGGAUCAAUGCCAGUGUUGGAAGUUGACGGUGAAUGUAUUGCUCAAAGUCUUGUCAUCUUUCGCCAUCUGGCAAGGUGUUUUGGUCUAGAUGGCAAAACUCUUUUGGACAAAGCAAGAAUUGAAGAAAUUGUUGAAAGCCUCACUGAGGUCAAAGAAGCUGGGUUCAAAAUUGCUUUCUGCCAGGAUGAGGAAGAGAAGAAAAAACUCCAGGAGAGCUACAUGAAGACUUUUGAAACUGUAUGUAGUCGCAUAGAAAGCAUCAUUUCAUCCAACAAAUCAAAAGAUGGGUGGGCAGUAGGCGACAAGAUGAGCUUUGCAGAUAUCAUGUUGUUCGAAGUUUUUGAAGGCACCCUUAAACAAGAUCCUUCAGCAUUAGACAAAUUCCCCAAAAUCAAAGCCUGUCGCCAGAAAAUGGAGGCAAACAAGAACUUGAAAGAUUAUCUAAGCAAAAGGAAGGAGACACCAUUCUAAUGUUUAUAGUUAAUUAGAUUAAUUUAUAUUGAUUAUUCUUUGACAUUGAUGUGAGUUAUUGACAUGCAUUAAGUUACUUAUUUGUUAAUACUGUACACAAGUCUACACUUUGAAAUUUAAAAACGUUGAAAAAAAAAUCUGAUAUAUUAUUGUACAUCAGUCUAAACUAAGCAAUUUAUAUAAAUGUAAAGAAAAUGACCAGAUAAAAAUUAACUUAA